AGAGGCGGCGGAGAGAGAGGGAGCAGCAUGAAGGCGGCGCGGCUGCAGACACCUAGACGGCCAGGAAAGAAGCCAUCAAAUAAUCGCCCCAAGGAUCCAGUUGGCGUGUAUUGUCGUGUACGCCCACUGACUGCAGGAGAUGAUGCAUGUUGUGUUGAAGUUAUCAGUAAUACCACAAUACAGCUUCAUCCUCCUGAUUGGAUUAAAGUCAACAGAAAUGGAGAAUUCAAAGAGAUGCAGUAUUCUUUUAAAGAAGUGUUUGGUGCCUAUACUACUCAGAAGGAACUAUUCAAUGUUGUUGCACAGCCCCUAGUAGAAGAUUUGAUUCAUGGCAAAAAUGGGCUCCUGUUUACUUAUGGUGUUACUGGAAGUGGAAAAACGCACACAAUGACGGGGUCUCCUGGCGAUGGAGGUCUUCUGCCCCGGUGCCUGGACAUGAUCUUUUGCAGCAUUGGACCAUUCCAAGCAAAGCGCUAUGUUUUCAAACCAGAUGAUAAGAAUGCAAUGGAGGUACAGAAUGAAGUUGAUGCUCUGUUGGAGCGUCAGAAACGAGAUUGCCAGCCAACUGCAACUCCGAAGGCCGUGUCCUCCAGGCAGAGGAUGGAUCCAGAAUUUGCAGACAUGAUUACUGUACCUGAACAUUGCAAGGCUGAAGGAGUCGAUGAAGACAGCGUGUAUAGUCUCUUUGUUUCCUACGUUGAAAUCUACAACAACUACCUUUAUGAUCUUUUGGAAGAAGUACCACAAGAUCCAAUUAAACCAAAAGCUCCUCAGUCUAAAAAUCUUCGAGAAGAUUCUAACCAUAACAUGUAUGUAUCUGGUUGCACUGAAGUAGAAGUGAAGUCCACAGAAGAAGCUUUUGAAGUCUUUUGGAAAGGCCAGAAGAAACGUCGUAUUGCUAACACAACGUUAAAUCGAGAAUCAAGUCGUUCGCAUAGUGUUUUUAUAAUCAAGUUAGCACAGGCUCCCUUGGAUGCUGAUGGGGAUAACGUUCUUCAGGCAAAAGAUCAGACAACUGUAAGCCAACUGUCCCUGGUGGACUUGGCAGGAAGUGAGAGGACUACUAGGACAAGAGCCGAAGGCAGCAGGUUGCGAGAGGCAGGUAAUAUUAAUCAAUCACUGAUGACUCUUAGAACUUGCAUUGAAGUACUGAGAGAAAACCAAAUGUAUGGAACAAAUAAGAUGGUGCCAUACAGAGAUUCAAAGCUCACACAUCUGUUCAAGAACUAUUUUGAUGGUGAGGGUAAAGUUCGGAUGAUUGUGUGUGUCAAUCCUAAAGCAGAUGAUUAUGAGGAAACCCUGCUGGUCAUGAGGUUUGCUGAAAUGACUCAAGAAGUGGAAGUAGCCAGACCUAUAGAUAGACCCAUCUGUGGCUUCACUCCCGGACGCAGAUACAGAAAUCAGGCUUUCAAAGAAGAAUUGACAAGAAAAUUAGAACUGCGAGGAGGCCCCAUUGAUGGAGAUCCAACCUUUACAGAACUUUUUCUGCAAAGUUUUGCACCUUUGCCUUCUGUUGAGAUAACAGAUGCUAGUGAUGAACAUACAUUGCCACGACUUAUAGAGUGUUUGGAACAACGGCAAAGAGCCCGUCACCUGGCAACUGAGGAGGUGAAAAAAAGCGUGAAUGCUCUCAGAGGGAUGCUUCAAGACUGGGACAACAAUUUCUCAGUAAAGGAAAACUACAUACAAGAUCAGACGGAAAAAAUGGUUGAAAAAGACCGGAUUAUAAAUGGGCAGAAAUCCGAAGCUGAUCGGCUAGAGAAGAAAAUCAGAACUUUGGAAUAUAAAAUUGAAAUAUUGCAAAAAACAGCAAAUAUCUAUGAAGAUGACAAGCGGACUUUACAACACGAGUUGGAUGAGAGAGACCAAAAGCUGCACAGAGAGGUGUCGGACAAACGACGUUUGGAGCAGAGAAUGCAAGGAGUGGUGACUGACACAAAGAUGAAAUGGGAGAAAGAAUGUGAACGUCGAGUUCAAGCCAAGCAGCUUGAGAUGCAAAACAAGCUUUGGGUAAAAGACGAGAAGCUUAAACAGCUGAAAGCGAUUGUUGCCGAGACAAGGACAGAAAGGCCCGAGAAACCUAACGGGCAAGGGACCAAAAAGCUUAUUGUCAUGCCUGCUGUUUUUGUACCAGUGAGUAAUGCACCACCUGUUCGUCUACGCCACCGAAGGUCGCGCUCAGCGGGUGGGGAACGAUGGGUAGACCAUAAGCCAGUUGGUAACGUCGAAAUAGACACUGUCCUCCAGCCACACAUUCCCAAUGCCAUCACAGUGGCAGUGCCAAAUGAAAAAGCUCUGGCUAAAUGUGACAAGUACAUUUUGACACAUCAGGAGCUUGCAUCAGAUGGGGAAAUUCAAACCAAGCUCAUUAAGGGAGAAGUGUACAAGACAAGGGGUGGUGGCCAAUGUGUCCAGUUCACAGAUGUGGAGAAACUAAAGCAAGAGUCCCCUGUUGGUCCAAGGAAACGUAGAUCUUCUCCAUCGGCUCAACCUCGAGAUGAUACCACAGAAUCUGAGUGGACAGAUGUAGAAACAAGGUGUUCUGUUGCUGUGGAAAUGAAGGCAGGCAGCAACUUUGGACCUGGAUAUCAGCAUCAUGCUCAACCAAAGCGCAGAAAACCGUAAAUGCUGUGUAUAAACUUCAUUCUGUGAGUGACCUCGAGCAAUAUUGGAAACCGAAGACUGCAGGGUAGAGGCUAUGCAAAAUUUGGGUGCUUAUGAUGCCAACAUUGUUGUAAAACAUUUUGAAUUAUAACAAUAGUAAAUCUUGCUGAUAUGUAUAUUAGAUAGUUGGUUGUCCCUACAUUAUAUCUUUAAAAUUAUGCAUUUUAUUUUACGUGGGUCUUUUCUCUUGCAUGAGGAUACCGUUUUAUACCUCUCCCAUGUAAAAUAAUCAUGAUCUUUUGUUUUGAAAUAUUUUGAACAAUUGAUCAGUAUCAAUGAAAACUUGCAUUUCCAGAUUGGCUGCCGUUAUAAAAUUACAUUUUUUAUGAACUUCAUCUUUUAAACAGCAUCAUUCUAUUGUGAUACUUUUGCUGGCCUACUUUUUUAUUAAAAGAAAUAGAAUAAUGCAUGCUAUAUAAAGUUCAAGGCAAACUCUGCAUUGAUCGCCCAUCCCUCGAUAAAUCCUGGUAUCUCAGUCUGCGCUGCUGCUAUUCAGUUGAGAUGAUGCACUUUAGAACAAUUCCCUUUGUGUAUAAAUGCUUGUCCACAUCACGGCAACAUCUCUGUAUUCUUGUACUAUAUACUUUUUCAUAAGACUUAAUUUUGUUUGGAUUUGCUGUACAUUAUAAACAGUUGAACUAUGGAAUUUUGUUAUAACAUCUUUUUUAUCACAAGAGUGACUUUUGUAAGUGAUUUCCAGCAUCCCAAAUACAAAUAGUGAAUUCAUUUUUCAUUAAAAUUGUUCCUGCCAUAA